UAUGGUACUGGUGCUGAUGCGGAAUGAGUCAGGCUAUAUGAUGCUUCUGCUGUCUGUCGCUUCCAUUUCAUCAGCACAAAACAUCCAAACAUUUCUCCAUCUUCCAAGCGUGGAUCAAAACAUGACAGGCGUAAAUCAUCUUUGACUUCCACGCGACUUUGAUCCCGGCAGGGACCAUUUUAACAACACGUCGACUCACAUUUAGCAACAUCCAAGCAAUAGACCGCCUACGCGGAGCAGUUAAGCGGUUUCUAAAGAGGCUUCAAUCCUUUAAAGAUUAUGGAAUCUGCCGUUUGGUAGCUUUGAAACGACCAAACAAAACAAAAAAACAACACCUGAAUAGACAUGGAAGCAAUUUGGCUUUACCAAUUUCGACUGAUUGUCAUCGGGGACUCCACUGUUGGAAAAUCAUGUUUAAUCAGGCGAUUCACAGAAGGCCGGUUUGCGCAGGUGUCGGACCCGACGGUCGGGGUGGAUUUUUUCUCCCGCCUGGUGGAGAUCGAACCUGGGAAACGCAUUAAACUGCAGAUUUGGGACACGGCAGGCCAGGAACGCUUCAGGUCUAUUACCAGAGCGUACUACCGUAACUCUGUGGGAGGUCUGCUGCUCUUCGACAUAACCAACCGUCGCUCCUUCCAGAACGUUCACGAGUGGCUAGAGGAAGCACGCAGCCACGUGCAGCCCCACAGCAUUGUCUUCCUGCUGGUCGGCCACAAAUGUGAUCUGGAACCACAGCGUCAGGUGAGCCGGCAAGAGGCUGAGAAGCUAGCGGCUGCGUACGGCAUGCGCUAUGUGGAAACUUCAGCACGUGAUGCCAUAAACGUGGAGAGGGCAUUUACGGAGCUAACACGGGAUAUAUUCGAGCUGGUAAAGAGUGGGGAGAUUACCAUCCAGGAAGGCUGGGAGGGAGUGAAGAGCGGGUUCGUACCAAACGUGGUGCAUUCGUCAGAAGAAGUGACAAAGGGUGAUCGUCGAUGUUUCUGUUGAGUCAGCAAUUACCACCCUGGUACCUAUCAAACCUUUGGGCCCUGGUGGACAAAAGAACUGCUUCCUCCAAUCACAGGGUCAGUCUUCAACUCCCUGAUUAUGACAUCAUCAUCCCCUUCCUGCCUGCUGAAUGCCUAAUCGAGUCCCACCAUGCCCUAUUGCUUCACUUUUCUAUACUACUUUGCUCAUUUCCCUAAUCACACAAUCUUGUAUAUGGCCAAAAUGAACUCUGUUGACUGCUGAGAAUGUAAGGUUAGUAAAUAACCUAUUGCAGAACCCAUACCGAAAAGGCCAGUCAGAACUAUAUCUGCACUUUAACUGUAUCUGCACAUCUGCCAUUAUUCUAUUGAGCCACGAAAGUUAAACUUCCCAAAUAAAGAUGUUUUAGCUUUGGAUAUCUCCCGUAUCCGGGACUAAGCUCCAGGUAUCUUCUACUGGUUUUUAUCAUGGGAGAGAUAAAAGACUAACAGAAGUUUAACUUGCUUACUUCACAGAUGAAUGCUGGGAUACCCAUUUCUGGUGACUCAAAGAUCUCAGACUUGAAAAAUGUGAUUGCUGGAGGUGUGAUGUGUCUGAUUAUUGACUUUUAGCAACAGGAAAGACAAAAGGAAGGAGAUAAAAUGCAAUAUACUACAUGAAGAAUUCCAAGACUGAAAAAAAAAACAUGACCUGUAAUGUUUCUGAAUAAUUCCCUUGUCAACCAAAACUAGAUUUUCAAUUUUAAUUGUGGUGUGAGACAAGUAUGUCACUCAGAUGGUAUGAUAGUCCAUAAUAUCAUCCAAGAGGUUUGUUUUAAUGAUGUAAUGUGAAGAUUGAUAAGGGACUACUGAAAGUACAUCCAUGAGCCCCAGAUGGAUUAUUCAAUUUGUGCAUUAUUUUACAAUUAAUAACAUUUCACUUAUCACACAUUACCACAAGAGGCCUCUGGUGCUCACCAGAAUUACAAAUAAACCUUAAUCUGUUGUUAGGUACAUCUUUUACACCUUUAGCCCAAAGAGUGUUUCUGAUGUUACAGCUUGUGAUUGUACUAUCUAAUGUGAAAAAAGCAAGCUCUUCCUUUAGGUUUCCACACUGCCCAGUGAGGGCAUUGUACACGUUCAUAUAUUCUGUAUCCAUAGAGCUUGCAUUGCCAUGUAUUUAUCCAUUACUUUAUUCAUCUAUCUAUAGCAUCUUUACUUUUUGAAAUGACUUGCUCUUCACUUUCACUCUCAUCCCUAACAAAAUAAACCCAUAGCCGCUUUCUCAAAUCUGAUUGGAGAUGAUGUGUCAAUACUGUCCAUAACUGUGCACAAUUGGCUGAGUAGUUAAUAUGUCACAUUAUUGGAUAAAAUUAAGCCAUUUUUAAACAUGGCUGAAACAGGGUCUCAGGGAAGGACCAAAAGAUUUUGAAUUGUGUUGACCACUCGCUCUCUUUAAACUUUUUUUGAUGCUGAUGUGGAUUUGCAAGGACUGGCUGUACAAACACUACUGACUCUGUACCUCUUUAACAAGGGAACUUGAAAUGUACUACAGAUUAAAGUAACAUGUUAAAUAUGUU